GGGGCUACAGAGACAGACUGACUGACAAGACAGGAGCGCUGACAGAGUGAUAGAGAAGAACCGGAGAUACAGACAGACAGACAGACAGACGGCCUGGAUCUGGAUCCAGAAUGUAAACAGAGCGGAUAGACAGGGGAUUUCCGCUCAUGAUGGAGACGCAGCCCCCGCCGCACGCCGUGGGGACCCUCAUUCUCCUCCUCUGCAGCCUGCCAGCCACUGACGCCAUCAUAUGGGCGUACUCGGAUCGGAACAGCACCCCCCCCCAGGUAUUCGAUGACCUCCCGGCCAUGUUUGGGUCUCCGUUGCCAAUCGAUGGACUUCGGGGGUAUCUGGUUGAGGCCGAGCCGACCAAUGCCUGCACCCCCAUUCUUCCCCCUCCGGUGAUGGACAACAAAACCGUGUUCUUCGCUCUCAUCCGGAGGUUUAACUGUAACUUUGAUGUCAAGGUGUUGCACGCCCAGCAGGCCGGUUUCCGAGCCGCCGUGGUGCACAAUGUUAAUUCCGAGAAGCUGCUGAACAUGGUGUGGAAUGACGACGAUAUCCGGAAGGAAGUCACCAUCCCGUCCGUGUUCAUCGGCGAGUCGUCUGGGAAAGCUCUGCAGAGCCAUUUCUCCUACCAUGACAACGCCGUCCUCUACCUGGUUCCGGAAUACUACUUCCCGCUCGGAUACUAUCUCAUUCCGUUCAUCGUGGUUGUGGCCCUCGUCAUCAUCAUCAUGUGCAUAGUGAUGGUGGCGCGCUGCAUGCAGCACCGGAAGCGGAUGCGGCGGAAUCGCUUAUCCAAGGAGCAGCUGAAGAAGAUCCCCGUCCACAAGUUUAAGAAAGGGGACGAUUAUGACGUCUGCGCCAUCUGCCUGGAGGAAUACGAGGAAGGGGACAAGCUGAGGGUGCUGCCCUGCUCACAUGGGUACCACUGCAGCUGCGUCGAUCCCUGGUUGACGAAGACCAAGAAGAGCUGCCCCGUCUGCAAGCACCGCGUGCUGCGCUCACCGGACGACUCCGACUCGGAGAGCGGCGAAGGCGAUGGCGGCGAAGGCGAGCACCGAGAGGAGAGCAGCGACAACGAGAACACCCCCCUCCUCCGACCCUCGCCCACUUUCGGCAGCAUGGACGAGUCGCCCCCCCUCCGCCUGGAUGAAGAGACGGGCGUCCCCCCGUCGGUUGCCGUGUGAUCGCCGCCGCCUCCCGCCAUCUGUGUUUCGUGUGGACUGUCGAUCCCGGAAUCCUUUGUGCCCCAAUGGCCGACGCGCGGUGACAGAUCGGCUCCCAGAAUCCUCUGCGGCGAGGCGCUUAACCCUCCAUGAUUGCUUUGCUCUGUGAUUUCAUUCCGUAACCCUUUCUUUGCUGGGUCCUAUUUUUUUUUCCCAUAAUCCCCUGUAAAAUGUCAUUGUUUCCCCGAUGCGACGCUUACCAUUCUCCUCUAUGCUUUCGAUCCUCAGAGGCGGGGACCCGGCCAGAGCCGGCCCUUUAAAUUACCAGGCGGUGGGCGCCGGGGCAGAAACCCACCUUUAGGGCUCACGUGGGGGCGCAACCAUGAGGGCGCCCCAUGAGGGCAAAUAACCCCACCCCGUACGCUGCUUUCUGUGACCUGUAUCUAAUUACCCUCACAGGUUCUGUAUCAACCAGUUAACUAACUGCCCCGGGGGGGGGGGCCAGUCCUGCGACAGCAGCGGGAGGAGAGGGGUUUCCUUGGACGUCAGGGGCGGGGGGGCGCCAUGGACUUGCAGAGGGUAUGAUAGCCGAGACCCCCAGCCUGGUGGGCAUUUACACCAGUCCUAGAUCCGACGCAGUGGCUGUAUUGUCCUGGGGGGGUGCUUCAGGCUACGGGGCAGGUUUUUGUGGGGGGCUGCUGCCCCGGCUCGGACCCCCGCGUAUGUCGGUAUCACGGCGGUGACAGAACGCGGCCGGUGCUGACAGGGUGUGUGGGGGGGGCCUUCUAAAUAACAAAAGUAUUUCUAGCCAAUGGGGGGGUCAGUUUGCCAAGUUUUACAAUUAACCCAGUGUGUGCCUGCUGACGACGCAAAGCAUUCGCGGUUUUCUCCCCGCUGCGGUGUGAAAAGGGUUAAAUUUUUGGGAGGAAUGGUUAAUACACAAAAAAACACUAAUAUUCGAGAUCCCCAAAAGCAGCUUUUCUGUUAUUUUUACACCGAACGCUGCAGGCGCAAGGAACGUUCAUGCGGAAUGGGGGGGGAUUGGCGACGCUUCCUAUUGGCUAGAGCAAAACAACCAAAGCCGCCGCCUCCCCACCAAUAGGAACUUCCCUGCUGAAAACGCUGAUUUCACUGCUUUUCGUUAAUUUUUGGGGGCUAAAAAUGAAAUGUUUUUUUUGCCAAAGGCGCCGAUUGGUCUGUAACCUGCUAAUUAACAUAUUAACCCCGCCUGGUUUUAUAUUCUGUUUCUACACGUUUAACGACUGUAAGUAAAGUCAUUAUUCCUAGAAUUUCCUGAUUUCAUGUUUAUUUCAGAAAAAGAUCGUUUUAAUAAAGAAAUAAAUUGUGAA